UAUGUCAUACCAGCACAAAAAAACCAGAUAGACCUAAAAACAGAGAAAACGAUGUCAAUGAAGGUAAACAUUACACACGAUCGAAGACUAUAACAUACUUUUUGGUAAAUGAAAACGGCGAGAAAAUUUCAGUUUGCAAAACUUUUUUCCUCACUACACUAGGCUAUAACCAAAAUAACUGUAAGGCAGUAAGAAACGCUCUUGAAAGUGAUUAUAAGCCCGAAUUAUAUCCAAAACCUCUUGUUGAUGGACGUGGACGCAACCCGAAUCCUCAAAAACUAGAUUCUGUUAAAGUCACGGAACAUAUAAUGUCAUUUAAUCCUGCAGUAUCUCACUAUAGACGUGAGCACGCCCCUAACAAAAAGUAUUUGCCUUCAGACCUUAAUAUACGUAUAAUGUAUGACCACUACUGUGAAACCGAUCCUGAAAUAAAAGUAUCUUAUGGAUUUUACAGAAAACUUGUAAGAGAACUUAAUAUCUCAUUUACUAAAUUAGGACAAGAAGAGUGUGAGCUAUGUGAAAAAUUUAUUAUACACAACCCUCGUCGGGAAAUGAUUAGGCAUAGAAAUUGCAAAGAUUGUAAAGACUACGAAGCACACCAUGACAGAUAUAUAUUAGCUCGCCAAAAAUAUGAAAAUGAUGCUGACAAUCAAACACAGAAGAAAAAUGACACAGACACUCUAAUUUUUGCCGUAGAUCUAGAAAAAGUUAUAAUGUUACCCCGCAUGGAAGAGUUCAAAACUGUGAUGUUUUGCCCGCGGCUUAUUGUUUUUAACCAAAGUUUUGUGCCAAUUGGUGAAAAACAUAUACAUGAAUUAGGUCUAACUUUUGCAGCUUUAUGGCAUGAAGGAUUAUCUGGAAGAAAAAAAGAGGAUAUCGUGAGUUGCUUCAGGGCCUUUUUUAUGCAAAAUAGAGACCUUAAGCAUAUCAUUUUGUGGCUCGAUAACUGUGCAGCACAAAAUAAAAAUUGGACCCUGUAUUCUUAUCUGAUAUAUUUGGUAAAUUCUACAGAAGUUAACUUUGAAACUAUUACUUUACGCUACUUGGAAACUGGUCACACAUUCAUGGCUGCAGAUGAAUUCCACCACAGAGUAGAGAAAUCUCUCAAAACAAAAAAGCGUGUUUAUGACUUUGACGACUUUUGUAAUGCUGUAUCUAAUACUGGCUCUCGCACCAUGGUAAAGAAGAUGGAAGUUCAAGACUUUUACGAUUUUGAAGACUGUUCUUCGACAUUUAAAUUAAAAAAUUCUAACCCGAGAGCUUAUUUAAAUAAUAUUACUGAGACAAAUUUUCGAAGAGGAUCUAAUUCACUUUUUUACAAGAGUAGCCAUGGUACUCAAGAAUACUUCUGUAAAUGAUCAGUCACUCGAUUUGAUUCAAAACUUUGAAGACUAAAAUUAAAGAAGACUGAUUUUAUUAUACUCACUUUAGUGAAGUUUUUAAGUAGUAUUAAGAAUAAUUGAUAUGUAAGCAAAGUGCCUUGAUGUUUCUCAUUUUAAAGUUGUUGGCGUGGCGUAUUUGGUUGUUUGUGCCUUUUAAACGUAAUAUUAUUGUUUCUAACUUAUUUUUUAUGUUAAGAUAAAAUAAAUUAAGAUAAUUAUCUAUUAUAUGCAUAAAAUUUAAAAUUUAAAAUGGUCAUGGUCUUAUAUGUAGUAUAUAAAUGCAUGUAUUGACAUUCACAAAAUUUCGAAAAACAUAGUUUAGUAAUGUAAUUUUCAAUAAAAACUAAAAAAAAAAUCAAACUUGAUUUUUUCAAUAUUUGCAAAAUGUUAGUUGUGACCUUCUUUCUUAUGACGGCAG